AUCACCCAUGGACGUUCUAAAAAGCCUUCAUGCAUCUGUUGCUCAAACAUUUGAGAAAACAUUCGAUGAUGCAUAUAGAGAUCUAUAUGCCGAAAUCAAAUCUCGCGACUGCAAAGUGGAAGAGGCCGAAAAGAAGGCCAAAUGCGCAGAGGAAGCCUGGGUUGAAUCCGCCGCAGAAGCACGGGAACUAAAACGUGAAAUUGCCAUCCUACAAGGAGAACUGGCGCGGAACGAUGUCAAUGCAGAGGACACGCAGGUCUCUGCUGACCAGAUUUUUAAAUUGAAAGAAACAUUCUCACCUCAACAUAUUCUGAUCUUUGGCGAUACCCAUGCUGGUUUAGACACCGGCUCCGAUUCGAAGCCGAACGAGAUCGUCAAGGAUAAAUAUGCCGCAUUGUACAAUGAGUUCAUGACUCUGAUUAAAGCCACCGAUGGUCUUAGACUUCAAAUAAAACGCCAAAAGAGGAAGUUGACGUAUUGGCGAGAGUGCCUCGAUCGAGAGAAGUUUACUCUUGUGCUUGAUGGGAUUCCCGUCAAGUUUGAACGGAAGCAAUCGACUGUGGGUGAAAGCCAGCUCCAGAGGCCAAAGAGAUGCCAUGAAACCAAACUGUCGUCCUGUGCUGCUGAGGGAUCCAAGAAGGCUGGCUCGAAACCUCGUUCAAAACAAUCCAGCCCCCAGCCAGGUGGUCAUUAUGGCAUGGCAUCUCCGAAUCCUCAGGAUAAACAGCCAAACCAAAGUCUUUUACCGUGUGAGCCCGUCGAGGCCUGCAACUCGAUUUCGACACUGUCUGCGGCUGGCAAUGAAUUGAACAACCAGAACGCUUGCUCCAAAGCAGACAACAUGCGAGAGCCGAGCAUAUCCAAGAAUAGGUGUUUGGAACUGUGCAAAUCGUCUUCUGGAGUCCCACCAUCCGAAGAUAGCGUGGUGGACAGUAAAAGAAAAGUCUCAAAUCUCAGAAGUGAACAGAUGUCGCCUCACCCUACAAGAGGGCCGUCGCACCAAGCUGAAUCCCAUCAAAUUGCGGAGCUCAGUAACAAAAACAACAAGCCCAAUUCCCCACAGGAGAGGCAAUAUAACACGGGUCUACAUCACGAAGAUACGUCGCCAACCGUCCUGCCGUCGUCGCUGGGUGGAGCAGACAAUAAUUUCCGUGUAUCCGUCGCAAAUCCAGGAUCUUCCAGUCACCCAACAUAUGAUCCGCUGCAUAUCAACCCGAGAAGCGAUUACGACGGUAGCGCAGGGUCGGGGAGGAGGCAUGAGAAAGUAAUGGGCAGAUCUUUGAAACAUGCAUUAUCAUCGUUAGCCGAGGACGGUGAUGAAGUCGUCCGUAAGCGACGCAUGGGAAAUUCGCCACGAGAUGCCUCAUCUGGGGCUAAGUGCACUCAGUUUCAUUUCAGCGAGGAUGCCGCUAUCACUGAGAGACGGUUGCAUAAUCUACUCGAAUCACCUCUGCCUCCUAGACCCUCGUUACAACAGCGCAAAAGCAUUCAGAUUGAGGUUGACGGAGAACAUAGUCAUCAACAUAAGGAGCUAGGCCUUACAAAGUCGGUUGAUAUUGACGUAUCUUCUAGCAUACGACCCACGCCAGCCCAAGGCGAGGAAACCCAAGUGCCACGCGCGCGAUGCGAGCUUCCAAGUGACCCCUCGUUCCGAGCAAAUGACUGUGAAGCCAGUGAGAUGCACCCUGGGGAUGAGCCUUAUCGAGCUCGACCGUUGCGACGGCUCGAUCUAAGCCACUUUAAGAUCAACCCCAAUUACAAUCAAGGACUGGACUUUGCAUAUGACGAUGUUGUUCGUAAGAGACACGAGCGUGAUUCUAUUCAGGGCUGCACACGCCCGAACUGCUGCGGCCAGAAAUUCCUUGCUAUGGCACGUCUUGGUGGGCUGCCAACUCACCAAGAGAAGUGCCCAAGCGAAGACAGAGAAAUUAUGGAAGACUUUCUCGGGGAAGAGAAGGGCAUAAUUGACCGGAUGACAACUACGGAAUACCAGGAUAUCCUUCACGAGGCGAAAGCACGGCUCAUGGCCAAUCAGUACGGGCGACACAGGCAUCAUCAUCAGCGGCCCUCCACACCCCCUGGUUUCUGGCGUGCAGAUAUGCCUGACACGCAGGAAGUGGAGUAUGACCGGGAAGAAGCCCUCAAAAUGGAAAGAGAGAAAGUUAAGGAGCGAUAUAGGCAAGCUAUGCGACCUGGGGGCUUGUGGAAAUUUGCGGACGAAUGAACUCGUGCUGGGUAUGCCACAUACUAGAACGCCCAGUAUGUGUUUUCAAUAGACGUAAAUGCUCAUAGACCUACGCUUCAGAGCUAGCUUAUCUUAAUGAGACAUUCUGCAUGGUCAUGUC